UAGAAGCUGAAUCAGGCUAUGUUACGUCUAGAUAUUCUUAAGUCGAUGGUUUAGCAAAAAAAAGUUUGCAAAGGUUUCAUCGGCAGUUAUCGUGUCAUCCUGUCAUCGGCGAUUACGAGCCAUUACCAGCAAUUUGAGCCAAAGAACAUGCACGCGACACGGACUGACACUUCUGAAAGGCGGUUUGAGAUACAAUGUAAAUUGGAGUCGGAAAUUGCUGCUCUGGAAGCUCUGAAGGAGGCGGAGGAACGCAGCCGACGAUUAACGAGUGGAGUAGUGGGAAUACUCUCUUCCUUGGAAGAACGUUUAGCUACACUGCGUCGUACCAUACUUCCUGUUUAUAAUGAGACUGCGAAUCUCCAAGCUCAGCAACACAAUAUAGAAAAAACUUUAAGCAUACUGGACCAUGCUAUUGGAUACUAUGGUGUAUGUCAAGAAGUGGAAGCUGUAGUGCGCGCAGAGCCAAGUGGGCCCAGUGGUUUGGACGGUUUUCUCGAGGCUAUGAAUCGUCUAUAUAACGCUCAACGAUACUUCCAGAAAAAUAAUCCCAGCUCUGUCGAAUUACAAAACGUUACAGACCUCUUUUCAAACGGCUUAAAAUCGCUUUAUGCUGAAUUUCACGAUAUCCUUUCUCGUCAAAGUAGACCAAUUCUUCCAAUUGUACUUUUGGAUUUAAUCGGUUCCGACGAGGACACCAGUGGCGAGGAUGCACCACAGUCUCUCUGUCAAUUACCUGAAAGCGUUAUGAGCGAUUUAUGUAAGAUCGCCAAAUGGCUUGAGGAAAGAGGCCAUUGCAGACAUACAAAGAUAUAUGCUUCUGUACGUUCCGGCAUUGUAUUAAAAUCCUUACAACUGCUCAAAGAGCAUCAAAGGAGCGCCAGUGGCGGUAGCACCCACGCCGGAAGUCCUAUGCCUAGAGCGAAAUUCGCUAAUCGGCAUUCUCUGGACGGUCAGGAGAACGCGGGACGCAGAGCAUCGCGACGACUGCAGCAUGCUUUGGACAAGGCCAACAGAAUGUUGUUGAAAGCAUCGCAAACAACGAGGCUGAAUCUGGCUCUGAACUCCGUAUCCAGGAAACCGACGCAACUUUCGCCAUACUCAAUGGAGGACGCGGCGCCCGACGAACAGGAGAUGGAGAAUUAUCUCUUGUUAGCGGCCGGUCUGCACAAGCUCAUACAGGCCGAGCGCACGCUGGUCGCAAGGAUCUUAUCGCCCCCCUUGCAGGCUCAAGUGCUCGAAGCUACCGUUCGCGACGCAAUGGACUUAGUGGCUCACGAUGGAGACAGCAUAGCUACGCGUGCCAAACGGUGCAUUACGAGACGCGAUUUCUCCGCCGUUCUUGUCGUCUUCCCGAUCUUAAAGCAUCUCGGCGAAUUAAAGCCCGAUCUCGAGAGAACGGUCGAGGGUUGCGAUUACGCGCUCCGCUCAAAGUUCGCGUCCGUACUUGACACAUUACACACAACCGGUGCUAAAGCUUUGGAAGAGUUUGCGGAGAGCGUGAGAAACGAAUCCGGCGCGGGUUUACCAAAAGACGGUACUGUGGCAGAAGGAACUAGUAAUGUCUUAAUCUUUUUAGAACAAUUGGCCGAAUACGCGGACAUGGCUGGUGCUGUUCUGCGACGCAAUCUUUUCAUCGAUCAGACUGCGUUGCACUCAAAAGAUCCGGAAAAUGUACAUAGAAUGGUUCUCGGUGUAUAUAUCAAGAAGGUACUCGCUCAGUUGAAUCUAGCAUUAGUAAAUAAAAGUGACGCGUCCUACUCAGAUCUCGCUUUACGAGCUUUAUUCCGGCUGAAUAAUCACAAUUAUGUGGUCAACGCUCUCUGUCGAAGUUCCCUCAUGGAACUACUGUUACUGGCCGAACCAAGUGCAGAACAAACGUAUCACGAUCUACUCUUCAAAGACAAGAACAAUUACGUUACUACGACAUUCGCCAAAGCGCGAUCGUAUCUCGCAGACGAGCCAGAUCUUGCCGCCAAAACAUUGAAGGAAAAAUUCUUGGGUUUCACGAGAGAGCUUGAGGAAGUAGCCAAGUGUCAGCGUUCUUACUCAGUACCUGACAGAUGUUUGCGCGAGGAGUUAAGGAAGGAACUGCAAGAGGCGAUCGUUCCACUAUAUACUGCGUUCCAUAACAAAUAUCGUGGCACGUCGUUCUCAAAGAAUCCAGCGAAGUAUAUAAAGUACACGCCUGAUCAGAUAUCGACACUGAUCAAUACGUUUUUCGACAGCGCCGCAUAAUAACAGUAUACAAGUGUAUUGUACCGAAGAUUAUAUUUCUCGACAAAAGAAAUUAACUAAAAUAUUUAAUAAACACCCAUUUUUAAUAUAAAGCAUAUUCCGUUACAGUAGUUUUAUGAUUUUUUUCCAUGGACCAAAUCUCGCUCUUUUUUCAUUUUUCUUUCUCAAACAGAUUGCACAGAGAUUAAUAAAUGAGUCUGCGAUGAUUGAGAGUAGUUAGGUCUUGGUUCAACUCCCCUCUUUUCCCCCCGCGCCGUCUUUUUUUAUAUAUAUUUAUAAUAUAUAUAUAAAAAACAAGUAACGUUCGAUUUAGAUUCGAUCAGCGCGACUUUUAUAUAUAUAUAUAUGACUCGUAUUAUCACACAUUUAUACGUAUACGUUAUGUAUAAAAUCGUAUAUCAUGCGUGGUAAUAAGAGUAGGAAUACAUUUGAAGUUCAGCGUUUAUAUACAAUUGUUAUAUGCUAUAGCAUAUUCUUUCUCUCUUGUUACAUAUACACUCAUACUUUUUUUCUUUCUCUCCUCCACAUUGAUAACAUUCUCUCACACAUGCAGGAACAUUUACAUAAUCCUCUGCUUCAAUAGCUGUAUUUUGUUUUUGAGAUGAUUAUACGGCAAUACCAUAGACUUCUAUUAUAUUAUAUUAUUAUUCUAUAUAUUAUAGAAGUCUGUGGGCAAUACUCUUUUUAAUUCCAGCUC